UCAAAUUGAAGCUUAUGUAUUCUAGUGAAUGUAAAAUGCUAUAAUUUGCGAAUUUCUGGUGAUUUACCACCCUAAAACAGCCUCUGAAAAAAAAACUCCCGCCAAUCAGCAGGGGGCACGCUGCGGGAUUCACCGCCUACAAAGGGUGUUUUACGGCGAAAUAUUUUAUAAUAACUAUGUAUAUUCUAUUCUAGAGAGCUCGUUAUUAAAAUAGAAUGCAUACGUUUUACGAUAAAUUUGGAAUUAUGCCCUCAAUUACGGUUGUCAAGUGACAUAACCCUAUUUACAAGUUGAACAUGACAUGCGGCUGCGGAGAUAGAGUGCCAGUUGAUUUAUUCCAACUACAAUGGCACAAACUGGUUCCUCCUGUGAAGCCAGUGAAAAACGUUUGACCUUGAAAAGGAAAAGAAAUUCCACAGACGAUGAGUUAGAGAAUAUGCCACCGAUGAAGAUCUCAUCGGUAUUAGAAGAGGAACUGAAUGACCAGCCAGCACACAAUGUAGUAGUGGAAUCCUCAUCAUGUUCCAGUGAUGAUGAGAGCUCACAAUAUGGUCCUGUGGACCAGCCAGCAAGCAAUUACACAGACAUUGACUACAACCCUGAUAGUUUUCUAAGCCCACCGAGUAUAUCUGACCUUCCUAAUUGUGUGCUGAGCCCUUUAGAGAAUGUGGCUAGAGGCGAGUCCACUCCACACUCCAACAAGAGGCCCAGCACCAGUAAGAUAACAUGCCCAACACUGCCCAAACGGAAGUGCCCACUGCCUGGCCUGUCCUGGGCGGAUCCAGCAGAUGUGUGGAAUGGCAUGUGUGAAUGUGAUGUCAGAUCUAGUAAUAAGAAGAACCCCAACAUGUUUGACAAUCACCCUAAUCUACAACCUAGGAUGAGAGCUAUUCUAUUGGACUGGCUGAAUGAGGUAUGUGAAGUAUACAAACUGCAUAGAGAAACAUUUCAUCUCACAGUGGACUAUGUGGACAGAUACCUAUCUAACACCGAAGACGUGCAAAAAGGCCGACUGCAGCUCAUAGGUAUCACAUGUCUGUUCAUAGCGGCAAAAGUCGAAGAAGUGUACCCACCCAAAAUAGGCGAGUUCGCGUACGUGACCGACGGCGCGUGCACUACAGACGAAAUACUCCUGGAGGAACUGCUCAUCCUCAAGAUAUUAUCGUGGAGCAUCACGCCUAUCACCAUCAACAGUUGGUUAAACGUAUACAUGCAGUUGCACAGUGAAGGCAGGAGUGCUAAACGCAGGUUGCUCGGCGAGAGUGACGCCGGCACCAAUGCGCUUCGUGGUUACACAUUCGUGUUCCCUCAGUAUUCGUCGCUAGACUUUGUGAUAUGUGGACAGUUGAUAGACUUGGCAGUGCUACAUGUGGAUGUGAAUCUGUUCCCGUACAGUGCGGUGGCGGCGGCGGCUAUCGCGCACGUGUUCGACAAAGAAGUCGCCCUCAGGGUAUCAGGCUACAGCUGGGAAGCCCUUUCCCCGGUGGUGUCGUGGCUGGAGGCGGCGGCGCGGGUGGUGCGGGCGGCGGGCGCGGUGUGCGUGGUGCGGGGGGGGGACGGCGAGUUCGUGCAGCGCGGCGGCGGGCUCGACCUCAUCUGUCCCGACGUCAACCUCGACGAGAGCCACCGCAUACAGUCGCACAACGUCACCCUCGAUAUGUUUGAUAAAGUCUACCAGCUGAUGUCUGAGCAGUCAUCAACACAAACAGACACGUUAGCAUCAACGUCUCAGGACACCGAGCACAUCUACCCGCCGACGCCGCCGGCCUCGGACCACAAGAGCCCUAAGACGCCGAGCAGUAAGACCCCCUCCACACGCGCACUGUCGCCGCCGCCCGACCGACGCCUCUCCACCGAGUGACUGCACGUUAUAUUAACGUCUGGUUACACUUUAUGUUCUCAUACUGAAGCCUAAGCUCACCGACCGUUUUCUUAAAACAACUGAAGAACGUAUAAAUUCAUAGUGAACAGUUGUUUUAAGAAAAAUUGAGGUUUAUGUUGUCGGUGAACUUGGCCUAAGCAGUUGGUUUUAAUACUCUAUUAAUUUGGUACAAUCUGACGUAAAGUUCGGCUGAGUGGCUAAAUUUUAUAUCUGUACUGUUGUUUUUAUUGAAGUUUUUGUUACAUCAAUGUAAUGUUGCAUUACUGUAAGCUGAAAUGUAUUCUAACUCUGAAGAUAAUUUGAGUUUUGGUUUAGGUAUAAGAAGUACAUGUUUUCAAACGUACAUAUUUGCUGUUGUUACAAUAUUGUAAAAUAGAACUUAAUAUAAAAUUCAUACUCAAGACAUACAAAAAUCACUUUUGCUUGAUGAUACACUAAUUUUCAUUACCAUUACUCUCAAAGUGACUAGAUUACACAAUGAAUGCUAAUAUAACACAAAUCGCAUAUAAGUACAUUAUUGAGUAAGUAGAUAAAACAUUAAUAAAGUUUAUCUAUUAUACUUAACUGUCAUCACAUUGUCGACCACCAAGAAUAUAGGUCACGGAGUUUAUUCAACCACAUCAAUGGAUUAUGUACCGAGUAUUAUGUAUCAGUUAAAAAUGGUAUCUCUCAAUUGAGCUUUUAGUUUUGACUAAUGAUGAUGGGAGAAUAUUAACGUGUGUGUGUUUGUUAGCAGCUUAUUAACAUCACUGGGCACUAAUAAAGCGUUUGGAUUGUGCAUGACGCUAACACUUCAGUUGAGAAGACACCAUUACAUUUCAAAGUACCUCAACAAAAUACAGCUAAAUCCCCUUAGAGAAAUUGAUCAGCAAAACUCAUUUGAAUAGUUCAAGUUUUAUGGUGCAUAUCUUUCCUUGGUGGUUCUGAACGAACUGGUAUUUUAAUAAGUACAUAUGUUAUUAUUUAAGUCAUCGUAAAAAAAUAAAAAGGCUGCAUAAAAUAGUAUUGGAAUAUAUUGAACAAUCUUUCUGACAUUUUUGUGAUAUGAAAUUAUACCAUUUAACUUUAUAUUCCAGUACGAUUUUAACUAGCUAGAAAAAAAAUGUUGCUUGUACAACAAAAAGUGUAAAUAAUAUAUUGUUCCUACUUAUGAAAAUUAAUAAUAUAUCAAUGGUUUCUACAUAACACUGGCGGUAGGCCGGUUGAUGCUGCUUAAACAUUCCAUACAAUUUAUGUUGUCACUAACACCAUGUUUAAGUAGAGAUAGUCCACCGUAUUAUUUUUAAUGCAAUCAUCAUAUUGUAAAAUAAGGUUGUGUCAUCUUAACUAACGUCUACCUUCUCUCUGGUCGCUCUUGUGUCAACACGAAGCGGCAAUCCUUACAAAUGUGGAUCAAAUCUUGAUAAAUAUGCCACAACAAGAUAUUGAUGUGGAUGCAUCAUAUAAUAUUUUAUGUACAUAAAAACAUAAAUGCACUGUAAUUAAUCAUUUUUUAAUCAAUACUAUUUUCAGUAACUUGUAUCUAAGUAGUUAGUUCACCUCUCUUUGCCUUUAAUCGCACAACAUUUUUUUACGCGUUUUUUUAUUUUAUAAAGUUGCCGUUCGAUCGUGCAUUACACGAGUUACCAAACAAUCAUUUUCUCUUUUAUAUUCUGAGUUUAUUCUUGAGUAAAUCAAAUGUCAAUAAUUAAUUUAUAUGAUAAUCUUUUUGUUUAAUAAACUGCUACCACUGCUUGCUAGUAAAUUAGAUGUAUGCUUAAUCCUUGAUUUUCUCGACAUUUUGUAUAUAAAUUGAUGAAUAUUAUAAUUUAUUUCUAAUUGAUGAUAAUUGAACGGAAUCGUUCACGAGACUGAUAACUAGAGCUUUGAGUCAACUGAUGUUAAAUUAUAUUGAAUUCUUGUUAAUGUUAGUGAAAAUAUCUUGCGCGGCUUAUUUUAACCAAAGACUGGGACGUGUUAAGAGAAAAAAAAAACCAUUAAUUUUCCUAUUUUUUUGUUGGAUUCGGCAUACUUAGAAAUAUCAAAUGAACUGAAUGCAUGAACUUUUAUAGCUUGACAUCAAUCAAUAAUUAUAUUUUUGUGCAUGUAAUAGUGUUGAGUGACAUUUCUAAGUAUAUCGAAAGAAACACUAAAAUAAGUGUACUGAUGUUGGCAUUAGAUUACACCAACGUGAAUACUUAUGAAAACAAAUAAGCUGCUUUUGUUUUGAAUUUCUUAAGUUGUUUUACACUAUUAUUUUUUAAAAAUCUCACGAUCUGUAAUGUGGGUUCACUUGCUUAAAGUUUCCCUUUUCGCCAAAUAAACCGAACAAUGCAUAAAAUUAUUAUUGUUUAAUUAUUUGUCGCAGGCCGCGUACUAAGAUAUAAUAAUUUGUUUGUAAAGAAUGAAAUGCUAGAACUGGCAUAAUAUAAUAUCUUUUAAAGUUAUGGUAGAAUAAAUCACAGGUUAUCUGUGUUUCGAUGUUUCCAAAGUCUCAAGUAACGAUUUAAUUGAUGCAGUUAAAUCUCCAGUACAUUGGACGUGUGUAUUCUCAAAACUAAGACUGUCCGCUGUUGUCUAACGGAAUCUUUCUACUUCACUCGACGACUAUUAUUUAUAUAUAGAAUAUGUAAUAUUAAUCUGUUGUACAAAUCGUAUUCACCAUAUUUUAUCGAUUUAUUAUAUAUUUUUUUAAUAUUAACGUUGUACAGUGUACCUAACUCCAAUAGAACCGGGUAUUGUUUGUUUUAGUAAAAUUCAUGUAGACAUAAGUUGAACGAUUACGCUUAUCCACAGGCGACGCUGGCCUUAUAAAUAAGACUUAGAUUUGUUACUUUAUAUUAAAAUAAUUUAAAAUUAUAUUCUUAAUAGGAAAUGAUAAGAAUUGUUAGCUGUAAGUUAUUUUUAUAUCAAUUUAUGGAAGUUCAUAUGAAAGGUACCUAAAUGUAAAUGAAAGGACAAUAUUGUAUCCCGGAGUUCAGAGCAUGUGAUCUCACGUCAUGGAUAAUAAAGUAAAUCGGAUGUCUUUGUGCAAUAACUGCAUCGAUCACAUUAUUGUAUGUACAGUCAGUUCACGGCGACAUAGUAUUAAAUAAAUGGUUUUGAUUAUUUA